GUAUGACAGUGUAAUUAAAUUACACCUUGAUGCCGUAAAAGAGAAGCAGGGAACCCAAAAAAGACCUCUUGUCUCGCUCCUCUCCAGAAUCCAGAAAGACAUAAUCAAAGCUUUGGCUAUAUCUGUAAAACGUGUCAUCAGAGAAGAAAUUCAAGAGAGGAAAAUCUUUUCGAUACUUCUGGAUGAAACGACAGAUGUGUCCCACACUGAACAGGUUUCCUUUGUUGUGAGAUAUGUACACAACAUGAAAAUAAAGGAGAGAUUCAUUCAAUGUGCAAUGUGCAUUCAACAAGUGGAGAUGCUUUUGAAAAUCUCGUCGUGGCUCUACUGGAAGAAAAUGACCUGAAAAUAAAAACCAUCCGGAGUCAAGGUUAUGAUGGGGCUGCAAACAUGAGUGGGCACUAUAAGGGACUGCAGUCCAGAAUCCUCAGGCAAAAUCCAAAGGCCUUGUAUGUGCACUGUCAGGCACACUGCCUUAAUCUGGUAUUGGUAGAAAGUGCAAAGUCAAACAUCUUUUUUGUCAACUAUUUCAAUCUAGUUAAAAAACUGUACACUUUUAUGGCCAACUCAUCAAAACGGCACUCCUCAUUUAAUGACAUGCAGAAGAGGAAGCACCCCGAUCAGCGUCCACUGGAGCUGAAGAAACUGUCAGAUACUCGGUGGGCCUGUAGAGAGAGUGCACUUAAAACUCUGGUGAAGGUCCUCCCAUCUGUCAUGCAGUUCCUUGAGGAAAUGACACAGCACGAUCCCCCAGACUCCUCAGCUGGUGAUGCAAUGACCCUUCUAAAAAGCAUACAUUUUGAGUUCUUCUUGUGUUUAGAGAUCACCUGUCCAAUCUUCCAGGUGACUGCAGUUGCAUCUGAUGCAUUGCAGCAGAAAGUCAUGGACCUGGCUGCAGCAUACAGCAUUGUUGAUGGAGUUUUAAAGAGGCUGGCCUACAGCAGAACAGAAGAAGAGUUUGAGAACAUUUACAAACAGGCUACAGAGAAGGCUGCAUCAGUGGACCUGGAUCCUCCAUCUGAGGUCCCUGGACAAGCAAGGAGGAGGAAAGUGCCAGAAAAGUUCAAGUUUUCUGCCUACGACUGAACAUGCUUUCCCAACUUUGCAGGAGUACUACCGUGUUUUUAGUAGUUGCCAACAGAAUGAACACACACACACACAUUUUAGUUUCUUUAUUUAGAUUUUUGAUUAGACAUAUAAUCAAUCAAAAUCUUAGAGUCACAAUGCAACAUAUGAAAUCAUGAUUACAAUAUUGCAUACUGUAGACACACACACACACACACAUCUCUGUCUAUAUAGAUUUAUCUGUCUCACUCUUACCCCUGCCAUGGCCACCCUCAUCCUUUCCCCCUAUUAAUGUUUCUUUCUCAAAUGAUUUCCCAUGCUUUUUUAAAUCUGGUAUCUGAUUUUCUCUACCUGCAGCUCUUGGUGUGCAGCAGCCUCUGUGAGCAUCCUCUUAUAUUCUUGUAGCAGUCAGCCUUGGCAGUUGCAGCACAGCAGGUCAGUCACUGUGAGCCAGUUACAAACACUUUCAGCAAUCUUUACAGCUUGUCAUGGUCAUAACAAUCGUUUAAUCAGCUAAUAUAUCUCAUAUGCUUGUUUUAAGGUCUAUUCUCAGAUAAACUCCAGCAGUAUCAGCAGCAACAAC